CUGAUCCAGCGUAUAGUUGACCUUUAGUGUAUUUUGUUGAUUGUCAACAUCCUGUUUAAAAUCGAAAUCGGUGUAAUUCAACAUAAAGUUUCGACACGUCAAAAAGAAGAGUUGAUUAUGGCGUAUAGUAAAUCAUCAUUUUCUACCAGCAUGAAUAAUUUCACAUUUGAUGUAUACAAGCAAAUUCUUUCCGAGAAAUCGUCUGAAAAUGCCUUCAUGUCCACCAGUAGUAUGAUGGCCGUCCUGAAUAUGUUAUAUUUAGGAGCUCAAAAUGACACGCACAAACAGAUCAAACAAGUACUCAGACUAGAAAAUAUAGACGACAAAACAUUUUUCAAAGGUUUACAUGAAAUUAUAGAUAUAUUGAAAGGAGGUUGCCGUAAUCUUACUCUGAGGACUGCCAGCAAAAUUUACCCGAAUGUUCAGAAACACAUAAUCCCAGAAUAUCUGGAAUUAGUAAGAGAAAUUUUUAAAGCUGAUAUCAAAUGUUUGGAUUUUACAACAAAACCAGAAGAAUCAAGAUCCGAAAUCAACGGCUGGGUAGAGGAAGAAACAAAUGGUAAAAUAAAAGACUUACUGUCGCCGGGAUCAGUCAGUCCCAUCACAAGGAUGAUUGUUGUAAAUGCGAUAUACUUCAAAGGUCAGUGGAAUGAACAGUUCAGCGAAUCUAUCACACAGAAAGCGGAUUUCUAUGUAACAAAAGCUCAUAAAAUCCAGGUAGAUAUGAUGGGUAAAACAUUUGAUAAAGUCAAAUACACAGAAAGCGAGACUUAUGGAUGCAAAGCUUUGGAACUGCCAUAUAUUGGAAAAGAACAGGGCAUGGUGGUUUUGUUACCUAACGACAUUGAAGGUCUGUCUACGCUGGAAAAUCAUUUAUCAAACUCUAUGUUAAAUGACAUACUGAAACUGAUGAAUGUAAAGAAAAUCACGGUUAAUCUGCCAAAGUUUAAGAUGGAAUACUCAUACGAGAUGAAAGAUGUUCUCAUGUCUCUGGGCAUGCGUGACGUGUUUGAUGCGAACAGAGCAGAUUUAUCAAACAUUGGAGAAGGCCUAUUUGUGUCUCAAGUCAUUCAUAAAGCAUUCGUAGAUGUGAAUGAAGAAGGAACUGAAGCAGCUGCUGCCACUGCUAUGGUAAUGGCACCAACCUGUGUCCUUCCUACAAUGUUCUUGGCAAAUCACCCAUUCCUUUUCAUGAUUUGGGACCAUAGGAUCCAAGCCCCUCUGUUCAUUGGCAGACUUGUAGACCCGAGACGAUUGAACGAAUAAUGAAUGCCUGUUACUUAGCAUAACUUUAAAAACCGACAACCUAGGCAUAUUUAUGAGCUGAAGUUGAAAAUUGUAAACUACUGUAUCUCCAAAAAGCAAUUUGGCAACUGACAGUUACUUGAAUGUAAAACUGUGACAGUGUGUAUGAAAUUCUUAAAAUGUAUUGGUGUAUUAAGCAUAGAAGUUGUAUCUCCUACGAGUGACAAGUGUAAUAAUUUUGUUAAUUGUUACGGGGAGGAGAAAAAAUAUGUGCAAUGAAUAGCAGAAAAAAUGUUAUUCAAUUAGCUAUAUUUGAAAAACUGAAUACUUGCAGGAAACAUGCAUUUUAGUUAGAUAUGUUUUGCAACAUCUUUUAGCAGGUUUCAAGUAUAUUAACUAUAGCGUUAUCAUCGAAAUAGUGAUUACGUUCUUCGCCUAAAUUGUCAAAUGCAAAUAUUUGUCAGUGGUGAUUCACGGUGAUGAAAAUAUAGACUGCAUUUACAAAUAAAACUCCCUUUUGAGUUAA